UGUCACCAAGAUUUCGUACUCGUAAACUCUCAGUCGUAAACUGGCUACCGUUGUUUACAUCAGUUUGCCGGCAAAAACCGCAAAAACAUCGUUUCAUUGGAUCAAUUACAUUACAAAACAAGAGUUGCAAUUUCGAUUGAAUAUUUUCUAGUCUAGUCCGUAUGCGAAAUGAAAAACCGAACUUUCUUCUACAUAUUCCUUGCCACUUAUUCUAUUGUAACGUUACGAUUGUUUCACUUGCUGUACCAUACAUCAAAGCUGGUUGUUGAUGAGGAAUUUCACCUGCGACAAGGAAAACACUACUGUAACUGGGAAUUUCAUAUUUGGGAUCCAAAGAUCACCACUUUUCCUGGACUAUACCUAAUAUCUGCCUUAUUUCUUAGUCCAUUUGAACUAUGCACAACUUACGCACUACGCUUGACGUCAGUGUUUGCUUCAAUUGCCAACGCUUGCCUUAUAUUUGCUAUCCGUAAAAAAUUUACCACCAAUCGUACUGAUCCGUAUGUCCUGCGCGAGACUAUAUCUUUAGCGUUACUACCUCCGCUGUACUUCUUUUCACAUCUUUACUACACAGAUGUUUUAUCGGUUACGAUGGUACUGGCUAUGAUCUAUUUUUCCAUACAGGAAAAGAACAAUUGGGGAGCAUUAAUGGGCAGCUUAGCGGUGUUGAUGCGCCAAACCAACAUCGUUUGGGUUGGUUUUGUGUUAGGCUCACAGGUGAUUGACUUAGGCUUGAGUUUGACAUUGCAUACUCGGUAUCGGCAACGCUUGUCGGGCUUAUUCAGUGCGGUUAUCGUGCUGCUUCGCUCUCCUCGCCUGGUGGGAGAGGUUCUACAACGGGCAUGUGCGUUGUUCUACGGCUACAUACUAAUCAUUCUUGCUUUUAUCGUUUUUCUGUUCUGGAACGAAUCUAUCGUCGUAGGGGACAAAACGGCCCAUACAGCUGCAGUUCAUUUGCCGCAGAUGUUCUAUUUCUGCCUAUUUUAUGCAAUGUUCAGUUGUUCACAAGUUCUUACAGCCUCUAGGCAAGUACUUCGUUUUAUUUGUAAACGCUGGCACCUUUCCAUCGGUUGUGCAGUUCUUUUUGCAUACAUCAUCAAGCAAAACACAAUUGUACAUCCUUAUCUGCUGGCUGAUAAUCGCCAUUAUACAUUCUAUGUUUGGAAUCGUUUCUAUGGUCGCUGGUGGUUCGCUCGCUACCUUCCUGUGCCAGUUUACUACGGCGUUAUUGUGCUAUUAGGAUUCAAUCUGUUUGGGGCACGACAACCAACCGUAGGGUAUAGUGUGCUAUGGAUAGUUGCCACCCUCGCUUCACUAGCUCUUCAAAAGCUGAUUGAGGUGCGGUAUUUCAUUUUACCGUUCCUGGUUCUACGACUAUUACAGACUAACGUUCGAUCAUCAAGAAAGCUCAUAACCAUCGAAAUGGCAAUCAAUGUUGUAAUCAAUGCCGCUACCUUCUAUGUGUUUUGUACAAAAGAAUUUUACUGGUCUAACUACCAGGAAGCUCAACGAAUUAUUUGGUAACCAAAAGUCGACCAAAACGUUGGAGCUUUUGUGUUACUAAAAUGACACUUGAUUCGCAGUCAAAGCUUGCCUGAAAUGCUGUUGAACUAGUCUGGGUAGAAUCAUUUCAAAUCGCCUGGAAAUACGCGAAAAUUUAAUCGACCAUUUUUGAUUUGAAUGAAACUUUGCACACGUAUUUUGCUUAGCAAACUGAGCAUUUUUCACAGGUGGAGAGAUUUUUUAUACCCAUGGGUUACAUUCUAAAAGGGCGUAUGCUUUUUGGCAUAGGUUUUAUUCGAAGCAUUGUAGCCCAAAAACCGUUGGUUGUAUAGAAAAACUGUCUGAGAAUGAGUUGUAGGGAAUUAAAAAUGCACCAUAAAAAAAUAUACACUGUACAAAAAAAAAUUUUUUUGAUAAAAAAAAAUUAAAAAUAAAUAUUCAAUUUUAAUUUAAAAAAAAAAGAGUUCAUUUUUUUUAUUUUAUUUUUAAGAAACUUGACGUUAUUACGCAACUUAUAAAAAAAAAGUCCAGGAUGGAGAAAUGAAAAAUAAUUUUUUUAUGGUAGAUUGAUUUUUUUAUGAAAAUUCUAAUUCAAAGAUGUUUCAAAAUAUUUGUAUUCUGAUGAUUUCAAAAAAUGCAGAGAGUCAUUUUGAAUCAAAAAGCUCUUGGUAGUAAACAUUCUAAAGGCGGUUUUCGGUUCGGUUUUCGUGUUAUUUUUAAUUUAAGCUCGAAAAGUUAUAAAUAUUUCGGAAAAUACACGUUUUUCUUAAUUUGUCCAUAGUUCUCCAGCAAAAACGAUACGUUCAUUGGAAUGCUUGAUCAAAAUAUACAUCUCAUUCUUUGACAACAAAACGAUUGGAUAAAUAACUAAAGCGCUAAACCUUAGCCUACCUACACGUUCCCCCUUGCCGAAUGUUUUAUAAAAAAAUAUGUUUGUCGUGCAACACUACCUACUUGUUUACUAAUAAUAACCUGGAUAAUAAUCCUGGAUUUUCUUUUAAAAGUUGCGUAAUAACGUCAAGUUUCUUUAUAAAAAAUUCAACUCUUAUUUUUAAAUUGAAAUUAAAUGUUAAUUUUUAAUUUUUUUUUGGUCAAAAAAAAAUUUUUUUGUACAGUGUAUAUUUUUUUAUGGUGCAUUUUUAUUUCCCUACAACUCAUUCUCAGACAGUUUUCCUAUACAACCAACGGUUUCUGGGCUACAAUGCUUCGAAUAAAACCUAUGCCAAAAGGCAUACCCCCUUUUAGAAUGUAACUCAUGGGUGUAAAAAAUCUCUCCACCUGUGAAAAAUGCUCAGUUUGCUAAGCCAAACACGUGUGCAAAGUUUCAUUCAAAUCAAAAAUGGUCGAUAUUCGACCAUAGGUCAUUUGGCGCGAUCUUGCUCAGUCUGUGAAGUUAGGCUAAAUAGUGAGACAAACCUUAAGGCGGCGGACGGACUUAUGAUGGUCCUGUUGAAAAAUUGUUAUUUAUUUACUAGUGCGAACAUCGAGCAAGAGAGCGAAAGACAGUAUGGUUAGCUGUUAUUAUAACAAUGAAUACGAAACCGAAUGUAUAGUCACAACAGAGUCUUGAAUAAUAAGUGGGAAAUAUAUAUGAAAAAAAAAAUAAAACCAAAAAGUGUGUAGUGUUUCAACAACUAUGGUUUAUAAAAAUUAUAUAUAGUAAUAAAA